AUGGAUAGUUUGACAAAAUCUACACGUUUCAUUCCCAUGAAUUGUCGUUGGGAGAUGGAACAAUUGGCUCGUGCUUACAUAAAGUAUGUCGUACGCUUUCACGGUGUACCCCGUACAAUUAUGUCUGAUAGGGAUACCCACUAUCUGUCGCAUUUUUGGAUGACUUUGCAGCAGGCUAUAGGUACUACAUUGUUGGACUUUAAUACUUCAAAUGACAGAGCAAGUGAAAUUGAUAGGGAUAGAAUGAAAGCAGCACAGAACCGUCAAAAGUCUUAUGCUGAUUUGAAGCGUCGUCUAGAAGAGUUUAACGUGGGGGAUCGGGUAUUGCUACGAGUAUCGCCGAUGCGUGGAGUUUUUCGUUUUGGUGCUCGUGGGAAGUUGAGCCCUAGGUUUAUUGGUCCUUAUGAGAUUUUGGAACGAGUGGGUAAGAUGGCCUAUCGGUUAGCUCUUCCCAAUUCAUUGGAAAAAGUUCAUGAUGUGUUUCACGUAUCUCAAUCAAAAAGAUAUUUUGCAGUGACCUCUCAUGUCUUAGACCUUGAGCCUUUGGAGUUAGAUACAACCUUGUCUUAUGCUAAACAACCCGUUCGAAUUUUUGGAUACGAAAGUCCGUAG